UUAAAUUUUGGAUUUAGUAUUAGCUCUGCGAAGCGAGCAGUGGUUCUCAGAGUAUCCGGGCUUGGAGUCUUGAAGAUGCCGCUCCGCUGGGGCAUCGUGUCUGCCGGCCUUAUCUCCAGCGACUUCACGCUUGUGCUGUGCUCGCUGCCCCGCUCCGACCACCAGGUGGUGGCGGUAGCGGCCCGCGAGCUGAGCAGGGCGCGGGAGUUUGCGCAGAAACACGGCAUCCCCAGAGCCUACGGCUCCUACCAGGAGCUGGCCGAGGAUCCGAACGUGGAGGUGGCCUACAUUGGCACCCAGAACCCUCAGCACAAGGCCACGGUGCUGAUGUGUCUGGCAGCCGGCAAGGCUGUUCUGUGUGAGAAGCCCAUGGGCGUGAACGCCGCAGAAGUUCGAGAGAUGGUCGCGGAGGCACGAUCGCGUGGCCUCUUCCUGAUGGAGGGCCUCUGGACCCGCUUUUUUCCUGCUACAGAGGCGUUGAAGUCGGUUUUGGCUCAGGGAACGUUGGGGGACCUUCGAGCAGCCCGGGCAGAGAUGGGGUUUGUCAUAGCCCUGCCCCGGCUCACAGACUGGGCCCAGGCCGGCGGGGCGGUGCUGGACCUCGGCAUCUACUGCGUCCAGUUCAUCUCCAUGGUCUUUGGCGGGCAGAGGCCAGAGAAGAUUUCAGCUGUGGCACGCGUCCACGAGACAGGCGUGGAUGACACAGUCAGCGUGCUGCUUCAGUACCCGGGCGGCGUCCAGGGCAGCUUCACCUGUAGCAUCAGCAGCAAGCUUAGCAACGCUGCCUCCGUGAGCGGCACGAAGGACAGGGCUGAGGUUAGCCCUACCUGGGCCCCCGUGGAGCUGGUGGUGAACAAUGAUCGGAAGGAGUUCCCAUGUUCCCUCGGCUCGAAGGAGAUCUACAAUUUUAUCCACUCGCCCGGAAUGAUUUAUGAGGCCAUGCAUGUCCGCAAGUGCUUGCGCAAGGGCCUGAAAGAAAGUCCUGUGGUUCCGCUGGCUGAGAGUGAGCUCCUAGCUGACAUCCUGGAGGAGGUGAGGAAGGUCAUUGGAGUCACUUUCCCCCAAGACAAAUGGUGAUGCCAAUUUGAAUAAAUAAAGGUUCAACCAGCGAUGAUAUCCCAUGCCUAUAAUCCCAGCAUGCCUGAGGCUGAGGCAGGAGGAUCUCCACAAGUGGGAGGCUAGCCUGGGCUACAU